AUGGAUCUUGAGUCUGUGAUCCAUAGGAACACAAUUAAGGUAAGGCCAAGGCUUAAAAAACCUGAAGAAUCGUGGAAGACAGUGUUAACUUUGGCUUAUCAAAGCUUGGGGGUUGUGUAUGGAGACUUGAGCACUUCCCCACUUUACGUUUACAAAAGCACUUUUGCUGAGGAUAUUCAGCAUUCAGAUACCAAUGAAGAAAUCUACGGGGUUUUGUCUUUUGUGUUCUGGACGCUCACACUGAUUCCAUUGCUCAAAUAUGUGUUCAUUGUGCUGAGAGCUGAUGACAAUGGUGAGGGUGGGACCUUUGCCCUCUACUCCUUGCUCUGCCGCCACGCCCGGGUUAGCUUGUUGCCUAACACUCAGCUUGCGGAUGAGGACUUAACCGAGUACACCAUAGAUAAUGGAACUGUUCCCAUCAAUAAGAAAAAUGUUGGGUUGGGGUUGAAGAACAUGUUGGAGAAACACAGGGUGCUGCAAAGGGUACUGCUUGUUCUGGCCUUGAUAGGAACUUGCAUGGUUAUUGGGGAUGGUGUGCUCACACCAGCAAUUUCUGUUUUUUCUGCUGUGUCAGGUUUGGAGCUUUCCAUGUCUAAAGAACAGCACAGAUAUGUGGAGGUUCCAGUGGCUUGUAUAAUACUGGUAUUUUUGUUUGCCCUUCAACAUUAUGGCACUCACCGUGUGGGAUGUCUCUUUGCACCUGUUGUCUUGACCUGGCUACUAUGCAUCAGUGCCAUUGGUAUUUAUAACAUCUUCCAUUGGAAUCCACAUGUCUAUCAAGCUCUCUCCCCAUAUUACAUGUUCAAAUUUCUGAAAAAGACUCAAAAGGGAGGAUGGAUGUCCUUGGGUGGAAUUCUACUGUGUAUAACUGGUUCUGAAGCCAUGUAUGCUGAUUUAGGACACUUUUCACAAUUGUCAAUUAAGAUUGCAUUCACCUUUUUGGUCUACCCUUCCUUAAUCCUAGCAUAUAUGGGGCAAGCUGCAUAUCUUUCUAGACAUCAUUCCCUUGAAAGUGACUAUCGAAUCGGGUUCUAUGUGUCAGUACCUGUAAAACUUAGAUGGCCCGUUCUUGCAAUAGCCAUACUUCAAGCAGUGGUGGGAAGUCAAGCUGUCAUCACAGGGACUUUCUCAAUAAUCAAACAAUGUUCUGCUUUAGGAUGUUUUCCCAAAGUUAAAAUCAUUCACACAUCAUCCAAGAUGCAUGGCCAGAUUUACAUUCCUGAGAUCAACUGGAGUUUGAUGCUGCUUUGCCUGGCUAUUACAGUUGGAUUUAGAGAUACUAAACGCAUGGGAAAUGCAGCAGGCUUGGCUGUCAUAACUGUCAUGCUGGUGACCACUUGCUUAAUGUCUCUAGUAAUAGUCUUGUGUUGGCACAAAAGCAUUAUGCUAGCAAUUUGCUUUAUAUUGUUCUUUGGAUCCAUUGAAGCACUCUAUUUCUCAGCAUCCCUGAUCAAGUUCCUUGAGGGGGCAUGGGUUCCCAUUGCCCUCUCCCUCAUCUUUCUCAUUGCCAUGUAUGUCUGGCACUAUGGCACACUAAAGAAGUAUGAGUUUGAUGUUCAAAACAAGGUUCCAAUCAAUUGGCUACUCAGUUUAGGCCCCAGUCUAGGCAUUGUCAGGGUCAAGGGAAUUGGUCUCAUACACACUGAGCUUGUAUCUGGGAUCCCAGCUAUUUUCUCCCACUUUGUUACCAAUCUCCCUGCCUUCCACCAAGUUGUUAUCUUCCUUUGCAUCAAGUCUGUCCAGGUACCACAUGUCAGACCUGAAGAAAGGUUCUUGGUGGGUAGAGUUGGCCCAAAGGAGUAUAGGCUUUACAGGUGCAUAGCCCGGUAUGGCUACCGUGACAUUCACAAGGAUGACAUGGAGUUUGAGAAGGAUCUUGUAUGCAGCAUAGCAGAAUUCAUCAGAUCAGACACCUCAGAAUAUGGCCUAGGAUUUGGAAGUUUUGAAGAAGACACAAAGAUGACAGUUGUUGGGACUUCAGCAUCAAACUUAGAGGGUUCAAUAAGGCUGUCUGAAGAUGAUCAACAACAAGAUACUCAAAUGGAAGGCCCCUCAGAGCUGAUGGAGGUUAAUCCUUCUCCUGAAAAACUGAGGAAGAGAGUGAGGUUUGUUGUGCCAGACAGUCCACAGAUUGAUUUUGAAGUAAGAGAGGAGUUGCUUGAGCUAAUGGAAGCAAAAGAGGCUGGAAUGGCAUUCAUAUUGAGUCACUCUUAUGUUAGAGCAAAAAGUGGAUCAAGCUGGUUGAAAAAAGUUGUUAUCAACUACGGAUAUGAUUUCUUAAGGAGAAACUCCAGAGGACCAACAUAUGCUUUAAGUCAACCUUACACAGUAAAGAUAAAUGGUGGCAUUUUGUAUAGUGACACCCUUCUCCAAUCUUCUAGACAAGUGCUGCCGACCUAUCAUGUUCAAGAUUUCAACAGAUACUGUAAUGUGUCUUUUGAAUCAAAAGAAGAGUUAAUAUCUUUGAUAGUUGCCACACCACCUCCUGCUAAAGUUGUUACUGGGGUUGUUUCCAAUGUGGUUUCUGCUCUUCUUAAAUGGCUAUGGUCACUAAGUGUAAAGUCCACAACAAAACCUGGUAGAGUACAACACAGUCGUUCCAUGGUUAAAUUUGAGAGUGACUACAAUGUGGAAACAAUCUUUGAUGGAAGUAAGCUUGGAAUUGAGCCACACUCGGUGAAAAUAUCUCCAAAUGGUGAAUUUCUUGUACUGGAUUCUGAGAACAGUAACAUCUACAAGAUCUCUGGUUCAAUGUCCCGACAUAGCAGACCCAAAUUGCUUGCUGGAUCUUCUGAAGGGUAUAUUGGACACAUAGAUGGUAGGCCUAGAGAAGCUAGAAUGAACCACCCUAAAGGGCUUACAGUGGAUGACAGGGGGAAUAUUUACAUAGCAGACACAUUGAAUAUGGCCAUCAGAAAAAUCAGUGAUGAAGGGGUUACCACUAUUGCAGGUGGAAAAUGGGGCCAUGCAGGGGGGCAUGUUGAUGGUCCAAGUGAGGAUGCUAAGUUUUCAAAUGAUUUUGAUGUAGUUUAUGUUGGUAGUAGCUGCUCUCUUUUGGUGGUGGAUAGAGGAAACCAUGCAAUUCGAGAGAUCCAACUCCAUCAAGAUGACUGCACUACUUAUGACGACUAUGACAACAGUUUCAGCUUAGGAAUAGCCGUGCUUAUUGCUGCUGGAUUCUUUGGCUAUAUGUUAGCAUUGCUGCAGUGGAGGGUGAGGGCUAUGUUUUCUUCUCCGGCUGAUCCAAGAGCCCCUUCAAGGAGCAAAGGAGCACCAUUUGCUGCACAGCAAAUGCAAAGGCCUCCCCCUCCUGCUACAACUAAGUCAGUCAGGCCUCCUUUGAUUCCACAUGAAGAUGAAUUUGAGAAACAAGAUGAGGGCUUCUUUGUUUCUCUUGGAAGGCUAUUCCUAAACUCUGGCUCAUGCAUGAGUGAAAUUUUGGGUGGCUUGUUCACAGGAUCCAAAAGGAAACCACUGCAGUAUCAUCAGUAUCAGGAACAGUAUCAGUAUACCAACAGACAUCCCAAUACAUGGCCCAUGCAAGAGAGUUUUGUCAUUCCUGAUGAAGAUGAACCUCCUUCUAUAGAAACUAGAACACCAACACCUAGGGAAACCUACCCUAUCAUGACAAAAGAGCUGGAAAAACCACCGCACUUCAAGCCAACUAGGGGUUACCUGAACAACAGGUGGGAGGGUGGCGAUUAUGAAGAACAUCAACAACUUCAACAACAUCAUCAACAACAGCAUCCCAAGUUGCAACACCAGCAGCACCAACAGGUCAAACUCCAACACCAGCACCAAGUUCACACACGUUAUUCUUCCACUCCUCAAGGUUAUUAUGAGCAGAACUGUGAGACAAAUGAGAUUGUGUUUGGUGCAGUUCAAGAGCAUGAUGGAAGACGUGAAGCCAUGGUGAUAAAGGCUGUGGAUUACGGGGAUCCAAAGUUCUGUCACCACAAUAUUCGCCCCAGAUUGAACUAUGUUGGUUAUUCCCAUGGUUAUUGA